GUGACUGGCGCAUUAAUGGAAAUAUCUUAUUUGCUUGUCUCAGAUAUGGCCAGUCUGGCGUCUCCUUCGAAUACUAGGCCAAGACAGAGUGGACCGGCUCUACUGUCUGUACCCAUGCCGUCCCACUGGAUAUACGUGGCGAGGGGGUUCUCGCUGCAGGUUCACGAUAUCGUCAGCUCGUAGUCACUCAGUGUCCUGGGGACAUGUCACCUUCAUGAGCUAUCCAGUCAAAGGUCAGCUACUGUGAGGCAGUGGGACGAAUGGGAGAAGCCAAGGAGUAGGUUUUGGCAGACACUCCGCCCUCUACACUAGUGUGAUAA